AUGUUGCUCAUUGUGUCCACCCUCGUGAGCCUCCUGCAACCGGUGCUGUCGGCGUUGUCGGGGGCUGUGCUGUGGCAGGGCCUGGAGCACUGGUACUUCCUGCUGGGCCUGCGCUUGCUGGCCAUGUACUUUGCCAGUUCGCCGUGGGAGAGUGCACAGCAGGAUAUGGCAUGUGCCUGGAGCCCCGGCCAGGAGGCGGAGACCCGGACCUUCUGCACCUCGGUCUGCUACAACCGCCACUUCCUGGUACCCGUCCUGCCCACCUGGGGCUUCUCCUUCCUCAUCGCCCUGCUCCCCAUCACCAUCAUCAGAAUGCUGUACCCCAAAGAGGAUCCUCACGGCAAGGGGGGGCAGGAGGUCACAGCGACGGCCACAUGCAACAAAGCCACCGAGCACACGUCGGUAGAAUCCUCCAGGGCCACCAGACCCAAGCUAGUUGGAGAAUCCAACAUGGCCACGAAAUCCAACAUGGCUGCCACGGUCCGGCUGCUGGGAGAAUCCAAGGUGGAUGCCAGACCUAAGCUGCUUGGGGAAUCCAAUAUGGUCACCAAAUCCAACAUGGCUGCAACAUUCAGACCAGUGGGAGACUCCAACAUGGCUGCCACCCCAAAGCUGGUUGGUGCGACCAGUGUGGCUGCCAGAGACAACACAGUUGGCCUGAGUGGUGUGACUGGGUCACCGGCAGGACCCGACAUGGCUGCCCAGCCGCCCUGGUGUGCCGGCGUCAUCACCGUGUGCAUCGCUGUGCUGCUGGCCACGGAGGUCGGAUUCCUGUGGGCCCUGCUGGCCCGGCAGCUGCCCAUGAUGUUGAUCAUUGUCUCCACGCUGGUGAGCCUGCUGCACCCGGUGCUGUCGGCCAUGUCGGGGGCUCUGCGGUGGCAGGGCCUGGAGCACUGGUUCUUCCUGCUGGGUCUGCGCCUGCUGGCCCUGUACUUCGCCAGCUCACCGUGGGAGAGCGCGCGGGAUGAUCUGGCGUGUGCCUGGAACCGCAGCCAGGAGGAGGAGAACCGGCGCUUCUGCAUCUCCGUCUGCUACAAUCGCCACUUCCUGGACCCCGUCACGGCCACCUGGGGCUUCUCCUUCCUCAUCGCCCUGCUCCCCAUCACCAUCAUGAGAAUGCUGUACCCCCAGGAAGAUUGUCAGGGCCAGGGGGGGCAGGAGGACAUGGCAUCGACCAGAUCCAACAUGGCUGCUGGGCACAGGUUGGUGGGAGAAUCCAACAUGGCCACUAAACCCAAGCUGGCAGGGGAAUCCAACACGGCUGCUAAAUCCAAUACGGCUGCCGAGCCCAGGCCGGUGGGAGACUCCAACAUGGCCGCCACCCCAAAACUGGUUGACACGACCAACAUGGCUCCCAAAGACAACACGGUUGGCCUGAGUGGUGUGACUGGGCCGCCGGCAGGACCCAACAUGGCUGCCCAGCCGCCCUGGUGUGCCGGCGUCAUCACCGUGUGCAUCGCUGUGCUGCUGGCCACGGAGGUCGGAUUCCUGUGGGCCCUGCUGGCCCGGCAGCUGCCCAUGGUAUCAGAGCCCAUCUUCCCCUGCUUCCCCGGCACCCCGGCCUGCCCCCCUGCCCUCGAGUGCACCAUAUGGGGCCAGGCUGACAAGCGCAUGGCGCUGGGCUCCCUGGCCCUCACCGCCUGCGUCAGCAUCCUGGUCUGCCUGGGCUCUGGGGGUGUGUGGCUAGGCCGGGCCACCUGUUGCCGUGGGAGACAGGAUGGGGAGCAGGCCCCAAAGGGGGGACAGAUGAGGGAAGGGAGCGGCCAGCAGCCAGCCUGGGACCGCACCUCGCUGCUCCUCAGGUCUCAAUUCGCAAUGCCAGAGGUGCCGGGCGCCAGCACGUUUUUCACUUUCAUAGCCGAGGACGCAAGCCCAGGGGCCUGGGGCUGA